CACUCUCAUUUCAACGCAAAACUUCACAUUUUGCUCAACAUGGGCAAAGCCGAAGGCAAGAAAUGUGAAACUUUCUUUACCUCUUUCUCUCUGCUCUACGUUUUGGUUUUAUCACUUUUUUUAAUUUCUCCAUCUUCUUCUUCAUCUUUGAAUCAACAACAAGAGAGGGAUAGAAUCCUCAACCUCCCUGGCCAGCCAUCCAAUGUCAACUUCUCUCAAUUCUCUGGCUACAUUACCGUGGACCAACAAGCGGGCCGGGCUCUUUUCUACUGGUUGAUCGAGGCCCCGUCGAGUAGUCUACCUGGGUCGAAACCUCUCGUUUUGUGGCUCAAUGGUGGGCCUGGUUGCUCGUCCGUUGCCUACGGGGCCUCUGAAGAAAUUGGACCGUUUCGGGUAAAAUCCGAUGGGAAAACACUCUACUUUAAUCCAUACGCUUGGAAUAAAGAAACAAAUUUGCUCUUCCUUGAUUCGCCGGCGGGCGUCGGAUUUUCUUAUACGAAUACUUCCUCCGAUAUAUACACAGUUGGUGACAAUAGGACAGCCAAUGAUGCCUAUAUUUUUCUGGUCAACUGGUUGGAGAGAUUCCCUCAAUACAAACAGAGGCCUUUUUAUAUUGCUGGAGAAAGCUAUGCAGGUCAUUAUAUUCCUGAACUAUCUCAACUUAUUGUUCGUCGAAAUAAAGGCGUCAAUAAUGCCAAACUUAACUUCAAAGGUUUAUUGUUGGGAAAUCCAUUGAUAGAUGACCAUUACGAUAAUAUUGGGACACAUGAGUUUUGGUGGAACCAUGGAUUGAUAUCGGAUUCAACAUAUAAAGAUUUGCAGAAGUAUUGCCCAAAUCAAACGUUUUUGUUCCCGCAAGAUGAUUGUUAUACUGCUCUCUCUGUUGCUUAUUUUGAGUUCGGAGACAUCAAUCCUUACAGCAUUUACACUUCUCCUUGCUAUGCAACCGGCACUCUCAAGAACAAUCUUAAGCUUCCUCUGCCGUGGACAUUCAGAGGAGCCGAUGAGUGCAUCAUUAAGUACACAAAAGUUUACAUGAAUCGCUCGGACGUGCAAAAGGCUUUUCAUGCCAAUGUCGCUAAGAUUUCUAAUCCUUGGGCGACUUGCAGUUCUGCCAUCAGGGGCAACUGGACUGAUUCUCCAAAAUCCAUGCUUCCUAUCUUCAAAGAACUUAUUGCAGCUGGCAUUAGGAUCUGGUUGUACAGUGGUGACACAGAUGCCAUUUUGCCUCUAUCUGCUACCAGACAUUCCAUCGCUGCUCUCAAUCUUGAAACCGAUAUCGAAUGGUACGCUUGGUACGACGAUCAAUUUCAGGUUGGUGGUUGGAGCCAAGUGUACAAGGGUUUGAUCUAUGCGACAGUUCGGGGUGCAGGGCAUGAGGUUCCAUUGAGUAAACCUAAAUUGGCUCUAAUAUUGUUAAAGAAUUUUUUGAACAACAGUACUUUGCCAAGAAUAUCAGAUUUUUCAUAGAAUUUGUUGGUUUAAAUUUAAUAUAUACCCAUAGCAGUA